GCCGUGGAGGUAUUGAAGGUCUUUUCUCAACUCUCCCUUCCACAAAUGUUUUGAUGUUAUUGACGAAACACGACAGUGCAUAAAGUCCACGGAGUCGCCUCCAGCAUUCCAAUACUGUUUACGACACAGAUUGAAUUUACGCAAGACUUAAUUCAGUGAAAGCCUGUAUAUACAUAAGCUUUAUAUAAUGGGUCCUUUAACAACAAGUGUCAAGCAUACUUUCCAUUCUCUUUGCACAACUGCAGUAAGGGCAAUGUCCACAAAUGUAAUGCUGAAUCCAAAAGAUGAUGCAAAAGAAGUAGUACUGAAAUAUUUAGAUGGAAAAGACAAUGGUAUUGUAGUAUUGGGAUUAAACCGGCCUGCAGUUUGUAAUGCACUUGGCAAAACUUUAGUUAAUCAAUUCAGUGAUGCUAUUUCUUCUGUUAGAGAAGAUAAUAAACUGAGAGUACUAAUUAUUCGUAGUUUAGUUCCAAAAAUUUUCUGUGCUGGUGCAGAUUUGCGAGAAAGAGCAAAGAUGGAUAACUCAGAAGUUCCAAAAUUUGUUUCAUUCUUGAGAAACAUGAUGAGUAAUGUUGAACAUUUGCCAACUCCAGUAAUAUCUGCCAUAGAUGGUUUUGCAUUAGGUGGAGGACUAGAACUUGCCUUAGCCACAGAUAUCAGAGUUGCAUCAUUAGAAGCUAAAAUGGGCCUUGUAGAAACAAAAUGGGCUAUUAUUCCUGGAGCUGGUGGCACACAACGACUUCCAAGAAUAAUUGGAACUGCUAAAGCUAAAGAACUCAUUUAUACCUCGCGUUUAGUUGAUGGUGAACAAGCUAUGAAGAUUGGUUUAGUAAAUCAAGUAGUUCCACAAAAUAAAAGCGGCGAUGCCGCUUACCAAGCUGCUUUAACCAUUGCUAGAGAAAUUUUGCCUAAUGGACCAAUUGGAGUUAAAGUUGCAAAAACUGCAAUAUCAAAAGGUCUUCAGGUACCUAUCACAGAUGGACUUGAAAUUGAGAAACAAUGUUAUGCUAAAACUGUGGAUACAAAAGACAGAAUUGAGGGGCUUGCAGCAUUUGCAGCAAAACGCAUACCCAUUUAUCAAGGAAUGUAAACACACAAAACUGAAAUGCAGUGUACUAUUACAAGUCCAUUACGCUUAAUUCACAUAUCAAAUAGAUGCAUUUUAAU